AUGACAUUUGGAAAACAAAUUGACCCAGAUUUAACUAGACUUUUAGAUAAAAAACUUAAUGUUAAAUUAAAUGGAAAUAGAACCGUACAAGGUAUUCUUAGAGGUUUUGAUACCUUUAUGAAUAUCGCUUUAAAAGAUACUGUAGAAGUCGUUUCACCAACAGAAAAAUAUGAAAUUGGUAUGGUUCUUAUCAGAGGAAACAGUAUCAUAUUGAUGGAACCACUCGAAUCAAUGUAA